CAGCAGUUGCUCCUUUUCUUGCAAAGGAAGAAGAGAAGGUUUUUUGAAUUGCUUUCCAGCUGCAAAAGGAUAAGAGGAAUCAGAAGAAGGAGUCCAGAAGGACAGUGUGGCUCCUGAAGACUUAUUUUUGGGAUUCCUACAUCCCAGGAUGAAAAUGGAAGAGGACCCUUCUCUGGCCUGGCCCAAAGAAGAAGCCCCAGAAGAGGCUGGAGAAGCUCCAGGCAGCCUCCGGAAAGCUGUUGCCCACAAAGCCCAGGCAGAUGGGGAAGGAGGAGGUCCACCGCUGGAGUCAGUGCGUUCUGGGUUUGCCGGGCACCCUCCCCAAGGGGCAGCGUCCCGUUGGGUGAAAGAAGAAGCAAGGGAGGGUGUGGUGGGUUGCUGGGAAGCCCAGUUGCAGGAGUUUCUGAAGAAGAUGGAGUCCCCGUGCUCAAGCCAGAGAUCCCCAGCGUUAGUAGAGGAGCCCGCCCCGUGGGACAAUGCCAAGGCAUUCUUGGAUUCCUUUGAGCAAGUGGCCAAGGCUUGUCACUGGCCCAGGGAGGAGUGGGUGGCCAGGCUGGUGCCGGCCCUCAGUGGAGAGACCCAACAGGUCUUUGACAGGAUGUUGGCUAGGGAUAGGGUGGAUUAUGGGAAAGUGAAAGCGGCCAUCUUGCAAGGGGAUGCCCUGCAGAGGGAGAAGCAUCGCCAGCACUUCCGGCAUUUCUGCUACCAGGAGGCUGAGGGACCUACCGCAGCAUACAAUCAGCUCCAAGACCUUUGCCACGGGUGGCUGAAGGUGGAGAGACACUCCAAGGAGCAGAUCCUGGAGCUGCUGAUCCUGGAGCAAUUCCUGGCCAUCCUGCCCCCGGAGAUCCAGAGCUGGGUCUGGGAAGGUGGCCCUGAGACUUGCUCCCAGGCGGUGAGCCUAGCCGAAGAGUUCCUUCAGCGGCGACAAGAGGCCCAGGACCAUCGUGGAAAGAAGGUGAACAUCAAAGAGAGCUCUGCACGUUCCUCUGAGACCAGCCAGCCUCCCUCUGAAGUGGAGCAGAGGCAUCUGUAUGCCGUAAUGAAGCAGGAAGACGAUGAGGGGAAUGCCAGGCCAUUGGAUAAGAAAAGGAGCCUCGCGGGGGAAAUGUGGGAGAGUGAAGAUGAGGUGGAUCCAUGUAAGAUGCCCUCAGAAAUCAACCCUAUCGAAGUACUGAAAGAAAACUUGUGGAAGCAAGGUGGAUCAAACAGAUCCGAGGGGAUCCCCCUAGAGAAGAGGAGCGAUGUCAUCAUCUCCUGCCAGGAUGAAGAUUUCCAUGAAAUCAUCAUUCAAGGACAACCAGUGGAAGAGAGAAAGAAACGGUGCCGGGGUGCCCGCUGGAGAAUCCACCGAGGGGAAAAGCCCAACAAGAGUGUAACAUUUGGGAAGAGUUUUCAUCAGAACAGAAACCUUGCUGAGUAUCAGCUUCCCCACUCCGGGGUGAAGCCGUACAAAUGCUUAGAAUGUGGGAAAGGUUUUAGUCAAAGCACCCACCUGACAUCACAUCAGAGGAUCCACACAGGGGAGAGACCAUACAGUUGUUCAAGCUGUAGCAAGAGCUUCAACCAGAGCACCAGCCUUAUUCAGCAUCAGAGAAUCCACACCGGGGAAAAACCCUAUCAAUGCACCGAGUGUGGGAAGAGCUUCCGUCACAGCACGAGCCUGACCUCCCACCAGAGAAUCCACACGGGGGAGAAGCCAUACAAGUGCUCCGACUGCGGGAAAGGAUUUUGUAAUCAGUCGGGCCUCAUUAACCACAAGACCAUUCACACGGGCGAGAGGCCGUACAAAUGCCUAGAGUGUGGGAAAAGUUUCAGCCAGAGCACCCACCUUACCUCGCAUCAAAGAAUCCACACCGGCGAGAGACCGUAUAAAUGCUCGGACUGUAACAAAACCUUUUGCGAUCAGUCAGGACUCGUUAAACAUCAGAGGAUUCACACGGGGCAGAAACCGUAUAAAUGCCUGGCGUGUGGGAAGAGUUUUAGUCAAAGCACCAAUCUUAUUAGGCAUCAGAGGAUCCAUACAGGGGAAGAAGCCCCCAAAUUAACUUCUCCUUGUAAUGCAACCGUUGAGUUCCAACUCCAAAUGUCUGCCAUUUCUAAGGCUUAGACGUUUUUCAGUUGCAUGGAUAUUUUUUCAGCACUUGGUCUUAUGUGGAGCGCGCUUGGGAAACGCCAUGACUUGUGAUUUUAACUGAUUCGUUUUGUCUGCACGUUGUGAUUAAUUAGUUGUAAUGAUCGAUCUUUGCUUAUUUGAUAGAAACAAGGUACAUUGAGAAUGGCCACAACUGAAGUUGAACAACAAGGACCAACAGCAAAGAAGAUGUAGUUCUAACAUCUGGAGGGCCGCCCCAAGGGAGGGAGUUGACAUUUUGUGAUGAAAUUGUCAGCAAGUGGGUGAAAUAGAACUUUUUUUUCCUAAAGGUACCUUAAAGAGUCUAGUUCUGUAUUUCUCAACCUUGGCAACUUUAAGAUGAGUGGACUUCAACCCCCAGAAUUCCCCAGCCAGCCAUGAAGUUGAAGUUGAAGCUGAAAGUGAAG